GAGAAAUGGAGAUUCAGGCCUUCUGUGAUAUGUUCUCCGUGGCUGUGGAUGUGUACAUUGUCGAGCGAAACCCAGACCGCUUGGCGCAUCACACCAUCCGUCCGGCGGUCGGGCCGGGGCCGACUCACACUCUCACGAUUUUAGCCGAUUACGAAGGCUUUCAUUAUGAGGUGUUGAGGGAGCUUGAUGGCGCGGCGCCCGUGGCUGGAGAGGAGAUGGCCAACGCGCCUGUGGCGGCAAUCUCCACAUCCGCACCACUGGAGGAAACGUGGCGGGAGGAAGAUGGCGUGCGGUAUUGUCUCGAGGAAGAGAAAGUUCCGGACAAGCGUCAGAAAAAGGGGAAGGAGCCUGCCGUGAAGAAGGCAAAGGCUCGCCGGCAGGAAGAGAAAGUCCCGGACGAGCGUGAGAAAAAGGAGGAGGAGCCUGCCGUGAAGAAGGCAAAGACUCCACCAAGGCUCCCUCGCCGCCACGAGAUCAAGUCAGACGGCAUUGAGGGGGAGGAGAAUGUUCUUGACAGGUCAGAUGGGCUGAACUUGUCGGCAGACAAGUCCUGGUUCAUGUCGGGCGCAUACGUCGAUGACGUGCCCCUUCGCGACCCAGGCUUGUCGGACAAGGUCGCUGAGACCUACUGGGCCCGUUUUCUCAUGCUGGUCGAGUUUGUCGACCAGGAGGUGAAUAACGGCGUCCAGCUCACGAACACCUGGGACUACUUGGACUGCCGGUACCUGAGGCCUUGGUACCAGUGGUACGUGGACAACGAAAAGUUCACGAAGAAGACCAAUACCGCGAAGCCGUACAGUCCCGAAUACAUCUCCUCGUUGACACGGGCUGUGCGGGCUAUCGGUCGCUGUUUCGUCGGUAGCCCCGACGACUCAGCCGACGUCGCGGCCUGGUGGACGGGAGUGACAAGACUGCAUCUCAAGGCGGUGGCCGAGCUGAAGAAGAAGCCCAAGGUUCCCAAAUCCUUGGAGGUCGUGUCGGACGAGGAAGGGGACGGCAUUGUGUACGUCCCCCCUCCGAAGAACGACUUGGCGGCCAUCCAAGCCAGGAUGCACGUCUUCGAGGAGAAGAUGUCCGCCAAAGAGGCGGUCGUCAACGCCUUGGGAAAAAGGAGUGACCCGGCGGCGCAGCGGGAGAGGCUGCUGCUUGCUAAGAUGAAGCAAGCGCACCUCGCCUCGUUGUUGCUGCUGUGGCAUUGCGGCCGUUUGUCGGACUUCCGGCAGGUGGUGGUGCACUGGGACAUCCGCAAGCAAAAGGGCCCGGACGGCCGCAUUGCUUGGUGGAUGGACCCCAGUGACUUCAAGACCAAGUGGCGCCAGUCUCCGGCGGACUUGGCGGAGGAUCCCGGGAAGAUCCUGCACACCAAAGUGCAGGAGGCGCUCAACGCGUUUCUCAAGCGUUGGCGCCCAAUUUUGAUAAAACACUUAGGGCCCCGAGCUAAGUACAACGUCACCUUCACCGACGAAAAGUUCGGGGAAGGAGCCGGGGUGUGUUUUUGCCUUUUUCCUGGGUACUGGGAGGACAAUCAGGCCCAUACGUUUGUGCAGCAUACCUUUCAAAAAGUCCUAGGGUGCUCUGAACGAGCGGUCCGAAAGGCCCUUGGGAACGAGUUGCCGGACUGGAAGGCUGCGCGUUGGGGGGUGGAUAUGACCGCCAUCCAUCAGAACUUCCACCAUAGUGCGGAAGUUCACGCCAAGGCGUAUGGGCGGGGGAAAAGAAACCAAGUCAACCCCUUGCAGGCCCACGUCCUGAAAUGGGGGGAUGAUGAUGCCUAG